UCCCGCCCCCCGACGCGAGGGACACGGAGGUCCGCUGCGUGCACGGUGGCAGCAUCAGCUCUUUGGACGUUCCUGAUCCCGGUGUGCGUGGUCUGUGCUUCGUCAGCGUGACCUUCACUGCCGCGAUUGUGCUGGACCUGUCGUAUUUCGACGCACCACAGCAGACACUCAACAUCACACUGCUGCAGUGCGUCUUCAUGGGCCUGUCGAUCAAGGGGAGUGGUGCAUGCGUGCACGUGAACGUGGUCUCCUCGAUGCUGGAUUCUGGUGAGCUGGUUUUUCAGGGCCAUUUUGGUGCGAGCUCCCAGAUACUGGUGGCGGGAAGUACGAUUGUGACGACGUCGGGCCACGCCAUUUUAUUUGUGAAGUUUGCUCUCAGUGCGAAUAUGACGCUGCUGCUAUUCGACAACUACAUUGAGGGGAGUAAGUACGCAGUCUAUUUCAUCGAUGCUGUUGUUGUUGAUGGUGGCGGGAUUAUUGUGAAGGGAAAUACGCUGAGCACAACGAAUGACGAUGAGGGUGUGGAAUCAUCUGUUUGCGUUAAUGCUGUUGAUGUGAGGAACGGCGGCUACUUUGACGUGGAGAACAACACGAUGAGCGCGGUCAAUGGCGUUAUUCUUCUUGGGGAUACCACCGUGAGCUCCGCGGGGCUGCUGCGAGUGGCGGACUGCACCUUUGUCGGCGGGACAGAAAUUUUUGAUUCCGCGCUGGUGUAUUUGUCUGGCUCGGUGACAUUCGAGGGUGGUGCGCAGUGGCGCGUGGAGGGCAACAGCGUGGGUGCAGCCUCAGUAUUAACUAUUCCGUAUUCCCAGUACAAAAUUCAGCUGUUGGGCAGCGGCACCACCGUGGUGCUUGCGCACAACCGUCAGGUGGACUCGACGGUUUUAUUCGCUAUUUUUUUUCCAUCGAGCAUUGUUGUUGCGUUACCCGCGCGGUUUGUGGUUGGGUGCAACCUGCAGGGUGAUGAGGAGGUGUCGGACGACGAUGUGUUUCCGGAGGACGUGGUGCUUUUCAGGUGCGGCACGUGCAACGAUGACGCGGCGUGCUACAUGCCCGGGACGGAGUCGGUGGACCGCAGCUCGUGCUCGUGCAGCUGCAAGGACGGAUGGCAUGGCGCGUCGUGUCUUCCCUUCGAGGUGCCCGACGCGGUUGUGCUGCCCGUGCCGGAGAGAGCUGUUGACGGCGACACGAGCUGCGUGGUGAACCAGACGCUGACGAGCCUCGCGCUGAAGAUGUGGAAGACGCACCACUGCUACGUGGGCGUGACAUUCAGCGGCAGGCGUUCUGUGCUGACGUUCUUCCUCAACAGCAUGCCGCUGCAUCUCCCCAUCAACAUCACGCUCACCGGGUGCACAUUCCGUGAGGGUGCCGCGCUGCAGUUUGUUGGGGGCGUUGAGGCGGUCGAGUCGUCCGGCGUCCUGAUCCGCGUGAGCCAGACGGUGAUGCGGUCCUCCGUCGUUGUGUUUGCGCUUGCCCUCCCGCAGCGCUGCGACAUCGCCAUCACGGAGGUUGAUGCGGUGCAGGCCUUCGAGGUUCAAUUGCCGGGCACUGAGAACAACAUGCUGAGCGUGGUGAUGUUGCGGAAUGUUGUUUUGAGUGCGUCAACGCUGUUGGUGAGCAACGUCAAAACGCAUGCAACGAGGUACGGUGCUUUUGGUUUGUACUCGACUGGGACACUGACGCUGGUGGGUGGCAGCUCGCUGUACACGCGGUACUGCAGCUUUGAUGGAUACAAAUACCUGUUUUACGUGCAGAGUCUCAGUGUGAGUGACCACUCCGUUUUUGCACUGCUCAACAAUACGAUGUUCUCCGGGGUAAGCCUGCUGCAUCAGCACCAAGGAUUCAGCGUGUCGGAUUACAGCGUGCUGCGCGUGGUGGGGAACAGCGGCUCAGCUCGCUACGCCAUCUAUAACGAUGACUUGUGGACUGUUCAGCGGUCAAGCUGGUUGGAUUGGCGCGACAACGACGUGGAAUUGGGUGCGAUGUUCUACGACACUGAGUCCGCAUUUGUGACCAUUGACAGCAGCAGUUUUGUGACGCUGACGGGCUGCAGGAUGGACUCGACGGGGUUGUUGGGACCCCUGCUGAAGCGGAUUGAGGCCGGUUACCGUUUCGUUGCUGGGUGUCUGACGGUCGCGGGACGGGAGGUGACGACGGCGGCUGAACUGGAGCUGAACGGCAUCACAGGCGUGACGACUGUUGCCGCGUGCGGGCAGUGCACGAAGGAGGGCGACUGCUUUGCUCCGCUGACGACGGCGGUCAUUGGCUGCAUGUGCCAGUGCGCUGCUGGAGGGCACGGCGAUGUGUGUGUCCCGGCGCCUGUGCCUGCUGGCUCGCCACCGCCGCCGCUGCCACCAGUGCCGCCCACACCGCUGCCACCGCCGGUUGGUGAGUGCAUCAGCGACAUGGUGUACCCCGAGGUUGCGCAGGCUGUGGGCGGCGGGAUGUCGUGGCUGUGCUACCGCAACGUGACGUUCAGCGGAGGCAGCAUGAGGCUAACGGUGCUGAUUGGGGCGAUGACGGGCGACGUGGCGAAUGUCACGUUCGAUGGAUGCACGUGGAGGGACGGCGCCGUGCUGUUGCUGUUGGGCAACGCGUACGCCGCUGUGGGGUCGCUGAACAUUGUUGUCACCGGCAACACAUUUAGUGACGCGCUGCUCAUCCCGGAGGGUGUGUUUCCACCGCACACGAACAUCACGAUCAGCGGGAACUGCUUCACUGUCACGAGGCUGAUCCCUCGGCCGUGUUUGGACAUAUGGAACCAGUCAUGCGUUGCGAUGAAUGGACUGGCGAUCAACAACGACUCCGCGGUGGUGUUCAGCGGCAAUGUGUUUCAGAGCGUGACGGCAUCGUCAAGCGCCAUUUACGUUGUCAGAUCUGCGCUGAGGGUGUCGUGGCACUCCGUGUUUGCGGUGGUGGGCAACACGUUUCAUAUGGCUGGCGGUGACGGUACGCUGAUACAUCUUGAAGGGUCCAGCCAAUCCUCAUCACUGAGUGUACUGAACAACUCUGCCGUGGUGAUCCGAGGCAAUCUUGUGACGAGGCCCGUGAGGUACUUUUUAUUACUAACUUUGACAUUACGUGUGGAGUCUCGGUCAGCGGUUGUGUUUCAGGGCAAUGAAAUAAAGCAGAGCUUGGUUGUGUUUUUCCCAGGCUUUUCUUCCUACAUCUACUACAACUCCUGGCUGCAGCUGAGCGGCAACCUCUGCCGUGAAUCCCCAUCGGAAGCGUUUGUUUUUCUUUAUCCCACGGUGAAUCUCCGCGACUCCACGGUGUCUGUGUCCGGCAACCGACUCAUGUCCAGCAGGGUCACGCCAACAGUUCUGCGGAUAUCCACGGGGUCCCUCGAUCUCACAAACGGAGCGAUUGUGGCUGCGUGCAACACCGUGAACGGCGAGGAGGAAGCGAAAUACGUCAUCCCGUCCGUGUACAAUGCCACCAUUCUGGCAUGCAGCGACCCAUGCACUAUUGCGACUUCGUGCUUCCCCGCGUACACGACGACGGCCUCGAGUGAUGGCUGCGCCUGCACGUGUGCUGAGGGCGGCCACGGCGAUGCGUGCCUGCCCGUUGCUGCUCCCGAGCCGCCGAGCACCGACGGCGCCGAUUUGUGCGUGCGGGACGUGCGUGUGGAUGAAGUGGUGAACGCCGGUUUCGGGACGUCGGUGGUGUGCUACGUUGGCGUGACCUUUGCGGCAGAUGUCGUGGUGGACGUGGCGUCGAUGUCAGGGAGCGUGCGCAACGUGACGCUGGCGAACUGCACGUUUGUGGGCGGAGCGAGCCUGUACGUUGUCGGGUGUCGUUCCGAUCCGCCUGCUGGCGAGCGCGCCGAUGUGUUGAUCAGCGGGCUUGAGUCGCGUUCUGGAGGCGGUGCGCUGGUGGCGAACCGAUACCCGCCGGGCUCGCGCGUCACUGUGGUGGACUCGGUGCUGAUCGCAGAGAAGCGUGUUGUGUACCAUGACGCCUACGACCUUGGCGCCGCCUCCGCGUGCCUCGUGUUGCACAACGUGAAUUUGACGGGGAGCGUGCUGACCAUCGCGCGCACGCAUCUGGCGGCUGUGUUCCGCGGCGCCGUUGGCGUGUUGGUGGUUGGCGGCGUGGCGCUGUCGUCGCGCGGUGCGCUGUACGUGGACAGGCUGUUGGUGCAGACGGCGCUGGGGCUGUGCGUGUCGGUGGAGGGCGGUGUUGCGGCCAGCGGCGGCUCCGUGGUGGCGUUUGUUGACAGCGACUUCCUGCUGUGCAAGCACGCGGUGUCUGUGCGUGGGGCUGUGAGCGUGUCGGGCUCUGCUGUGGCGCUUGUGCGGAGCGAAUUUUCGUCGACGGAGGACUACGCGGUGGCGUUUUAUUCGACGGUGAGCCUGGAUGACGGGUCGAUGCUACUGGCGAAGGGCAACGUGCACGACGGUGUCUCGAGGGAGAUGCUCUACGCCGCUGGCGCCGUGACCGCUGCUGGGAGCACGCUGAGCUUUGUGCGCAACCGAGCGCUGCUGCCACGGAUGCUGUCGCUGAGCCUGUUGCUUGCGGCUGGGGCGUAUGUGAGGGUGGCGUGCAACGACGCUGGUGGACGUGUCCUGUUGACGGCGGAGGAGUACGCAGCGGCUGGUUUUGGCGACGCUGGGAGCAUCGACGUUGCUGGGUGCGACGCCUGCGACAGGGACACGCACUGCUACGCGCCCGGGACGGCGUCUGCGAGCAUGAGGAACGGUAUGUGCGUGUGCGCGUGCGGCAGCGGCGGGUACGGCGAGGUGUGCGUGACUAUGGGUGCUCCUGCACUGCCGCCCGCUGUGGGCACCGCGUCGAGAGUGUUUGUCCGCGAGAGCGUGACGGUGCGGUCGGUUUUCUUUGUGCCUGCUGGCGCGAGCGAGGUGACGCUGCGCCACGUUGUGCUGGACGGCGUGAGUCCUGUGCUCUACGUGCCGUGGAUGGCGCGGGACGGCGUGCGGAUCGUUGUGCAGAACGUGUCGCUGCUGAACGAUGCCGUGUUGUACGUGAUGGGCGGAGGAGGCUUGCGCGGUGCGGUGGCGGCGGGGAGCGACGAGAGCGGGCCGGUGGAGCUGUCCGUGUGCGAUGUGGAGGCGCUGAACGGUGCGCUUGUGCUGACCGGCACGUUUCCCGCGGGGUCUGUGCUGACGGUGACGGACUCCCUGCUGGUUGCCGCGACGUCGACGCCGCUUGUGUAUCUUCCCGGCUCGCAGUCCUUGCCGUACGCACCGGUGCUGGUGCUGUCGGGCCUGCGGCUCGUGCGGUCCGUGCUGGUUGUGUCCGGUGUUGCCCUCGUGACCGUGGUGACUGGUGGGCGGACUGUGGCGGUGGACGGCGCUGUGCUGGAGCUCGUCGGUGGCGGUGUCGCGCUGGACGCGGCUGUGCUCGGUGGCGAAUAUGCGUUGUACGCGAGUGCGCGCGUGGUUGCGUCGGGGGGCGCUGUGCUGCGCGUGUCGGGGAGCCAGUUGUACGCUGCGCAUGGGUUGGUGUUUGACAGCGGUGUGGAGGCCAACGCGUCCGCCGUCGUAGUGAACGACAACGCCGGUGCGCUGACCGAUGGCGCGCUGCUGGUGCUGCGGGGGUCGGCGUCGUUUGGGUCCGGGUCGUGGCUGUCGGUGCGCGGCAACAGCAUCAGCGGCAGGCUCCUGUCGGUGCCGUCGUACCCGCGCAGUGCGGACCUUGUGCAGAGCACGCUGACGCUCCACGGGAACGCCGGCAGUGGGCCCGUUGUGAUGGACGGCACCGUUGCGCUUGUGGGCGCCGGCCGAAGGUUCGUCGUGGGGUGCCUGACGCUCAACGGGCAGGUGCUGCGGCCGAUGGACUACAGGUCCGCCGGCAUCAUCGGGGAAUUCCGUCCCGUGGCGUGUGGGGUGUGCGACGCCGACGUGAGCUGCUUUGCCGCUGCGACGAGGGCGAUGUCAGGGUCGUGCGGCUGCCGCUGUGCUGAGGG